AUGGAAUCACCAAAGGGAAAAGCACUUCCGAGUGCGACGAAGAAAAAGUCGACGUUACCUACAAAGCCGGCAGGAAAGAAAUUGGGAUCUGAAAGCCCAUUGCCUGGCAAAGGAGCAUCGGAUACCAAGAUUCCCGAAUUGGAUAACCCAAUCAACAAGCCUUCACCCCCAAGAGGCCUCAAAAAGAACAUCCCAAAGUUGCCGAAAAAAGACCGAAGUAAGGAGCUGUCUCCUGAAACCCAGGAAAAGAAAGAAUCGCAGACCGAUCUGCCAGCCAUCGCAAAGCCCGAAGGAGCCGACGAAUUGAAUCCAGACCUGGAGCAUGAGGAGCCGAUACCCAUUGAGGAGACGGUCGAAGAAACCGUCGAAGAGCAUGCGGAGCCGCUUGAACUUUUGGAGGAGUCGGAAGAGGAGACCGAAAGCCCAUCUCAGGAGCAGAGGAAAGCAAAGUCCAAAGAGCGAGAAGCGAGCUCAGCUUCUGGCUCGGGUGCAGGCUCCAUGUUCCAGCGGGGGAAGAACGCAGCUUCUCGCUUCUCAGACUUUACGGACACUGUCAGGGGUUUCACAAACCGCACUACCGCUGCUCUACCUGAUGGAACGCUUGAGAAUGCACAGGAAAAAGCACGUGGCACCGCAGAGAAGUUCCAAUCCUAUGGUGGCAGGGCUGCAUCAAAAGUGGCAGGGAAGGUCUCCGAUUAUAUGACGCAAUUGUCGGAUUUAAAGGGCCUUGAGGUUACUGGGGAGAAGGAUAUACUUGAUGAUGAUGGGAACGCGAUUGGAACAAUUGUUGAGGGCGACCCCAGCGAGCUUACCGGCCAUGUUAUCGGCGAUGAGGGUGAGAUCUUGGAUGAGGAUGGUGAUCUGAUCGGUCGCGUGGAACUGAUCAGCGAGGAGACGGUGAAACAGGCUGAUGCAGUCGAAGAAGUGGCUGAUACGAACCACAUCCCGAGCUUACAAGAGCUCUCAGACUUGCCAAUUGCAAACGACGGCACUGUUAAAGACAGCGCUGGUCGAGUCUUGGGACGACUUGUUGAAGGUGACGCCGAGGACCUAGUCGGUCAGACAGUAAACGAGAAUGGCGAGGUUCUAGAUGAAGAUGGGGAUCUCGUCGGGCGCGUCGAGCCAUUCUCUCUGGACCAAGUCGAAGAGGAGGCUGGCAAAGCUGAUCCUACAGGGGGCGUGUUGCUUCCGACAGCCAUUCUUCGCGGUAGAGAAGUGAACGAGGAUGGCAAAAUUCUGAAUGAUGAAGGAGACUUCUUGGGUCAGGUUGCGGAAGGAUAUGAUCCCAGGCACCUGUCGGGAAAGGUCCCAAAUGAGCAUGGGCAAGUGAUUGACCUCACCGGAGAGGUGAUUGGACAAGUCGAAACGGUGCCUGGAGAAGCUGCAGACGCUGCGAUGCAAGAGCUCGAACACAAAGCAGCAGUCGCCAAGAAGGAUGGUCUGGAGAAGGAUGAGUCAGGACAAGAUACCACGGAAGCCAACGAGCUGGAGGAUCUCUCACUGGAACUACCUGAUAUCUCUACACUCGAAGGGCUGAAGUGCAACAAGUUUGGAAACAUUGUUGGCGAGGAUGGUGUGCCCGUCGGCGAACUCAUUGAGGGAAAUCCCAAAGAAUUAUCCAAGGGUGGAUAUGAACUUGAUGAUUGUGGUCAAUUCUGGGACAACCGAGGCAAUGUUCUGGGAAAGGCCAAGCCAAUUGCAGUUGAGGAGGAGGACCAGAGGCCGUUCGCCGAUUUUGAAGAUCUUGUCGUGGUCGAGGAUGGAUGGGUCGAGGACUCAGAUGGGGCUCGAGUAGGCCAGGUUGUGGAAGGCGAGAUAAAAAAGCUGGUCGGUCGGGCUGUCGAUGACGACGGAGAUAUCCUGGACAAGCGAGGAAAUCUCAUUGGACACGCUGAGCCUUGGGAAGAGCCAGAGCCAGAGCCAGAAGAAGUCGACUUGUCUAUGUUGGAGGGUCUUUCGCCUAACAAGCUUGGUCUCGUGAUGGGACCGGAUGGCGUUCCAAUUGGCCGUGUUGUGGACGGUGACUUGAAAAAACUCAUCCGUCGGACAAUCGAUGAUCAAGGUCAAUUGUGGAGUGACGAUGGGAAGAUUAUUGGACGAGUUGAGCCCAUUCCAGAGGACGAACGCGAGGUGCCCAUGCCCUUCAGCGACAUGGGUGACUUGGUAGUCAAACAAAACGGAUUUGUCGAGAACGAGCUCGGUGAGGUGGUUGGCAAGCUCAUUGACGGAGAUCCCAAAGAAUUGCAAGGAAAGGCCGUGGAUGAUGAUGGCGAUAUCAUGGAUAAACGGGGCAAUGUGAUAGGGCGUGCUGAGCCAUAUACCCCGUCCGAGGAGAGCGAGGAACCAGAAGAGCCAGAAGAGGAUCUGUCUGAGCUGGAAGGGAUGUUAGUAAACAAGUUCGGAAACGUGGUUGACGAAAACGGUGCCGUCUUUGGCCGACUUGUGUCUGGGAAUCCCAGGAAGCUCAAUGGCAUGAAGGUGGAUGGAGAAGGUCAGAUAUGGGGUGAUAAUGGAAAGGUUCUGGGCAAUGCGGAACUCAUCCCGGCUGCGGAGCGAGAAAGACCCGAGGGAAUCUUCUAUGGGCUUGAUGGCUUGGCUGUAAGGAAGGAUGGAUCUGUGACCAAUGCAGCGGAAGAUGUGGUCGGAAGGCUCAUCGAAGGGGAUCCAGCUAGACUCGCAGGCCGUGCUGUUGACGAGGAUGGUGAAAUUGUCGACAAAGUGGGAAAUGUCAUCGGUCGCGCAGAGCGAUGGACCCCGGACGAAAAGCAACGCGAUAUUAAUCCCAUGAGUGGCCGAAAGGUCAACCGAGAUGGAGAGAUCCGUGAUGAGGAUGGUAAUCUGAUGGGUAGAGUUACCAUGGGCAACGUCAAAGCGUUGAUAGGCAAGGUGGUGGAUGACAAUGGCAACAUCGUUGAUAAUGAAGGCAACAAAAUCGGCGAAUGCACACUGGAGGAAAACAUGCCAGAAAGCGAAGAGGUCGAAGAGGUCGAAGAGCCCGAAAUGUCACCAGAAGAAGCCGAAAGGAAAGCCAAAGAAGAGCACGACCGAGACUUGGCGAAGAAAAUAUCAGGUGUUCUCCAGCAGACACUAGACUCGGUGGAGCCUCUUUGCAAGCAGAUCACAGAGCAUCUUGAAAGAGCGGAUCGCACACCACGAGAUGAGUUGGACGAAGAGAAACUAGUCCAAAUCGUGAAGCCUCUGAUUGAAGACGCCGGCAACAUGCUCCAGGAAUGCAAAAGCACAGUUCGGGCCCUCGACCCCGAUGGAUCUAUUGCUGCAUCUGCAAAGGUCCACAGCUCUACCCACGAGGCAACGCCGGAAGAAUAUCAGCUGGCAGACCUUUUGAAACAACUCACUCAGACGGUCACGACCACCAUCGAAAAUGGCCGUCGGCGAAUCGCAGAUAUGCCGCAUGCGAAGAAGAAGCUCAAUCCGUUAUGGGCAUUGCUCUCCGAGCCUCUCUUCCAGAUCAUCGCAGCGGUUGGCCUCCUUCUGAGUGGUAUACUCGGUCUUGUGAACAAGCUUCUGAGCGGACUUGGACUUGGCGGCAUCCUCCAAGGCCUGCUUGGUAGUCUUGGAAUCGACAACCUGAUGAGCAGUCUCGGGCUAGGCAGCAAGGGUAAUUAA